AAAAAAAAAAAGGGGUGGAGAAGAAGGGAGGGGGGUGAAGAAAAAAAAAGGCCCGAAGAGGAGUUUCCAAAAACUUCCAAGGAACUCGCGGCUGCAAGUCCCAGGCGGCAGGCAAGAGCGAUGCUGGAGCCCCGGGCGCUCCGGGAGCCGACAGCGGCGGCAGUGGCGGCAGAGGGGGUGACCACGGGGAUGGCGGCGGCAGCGGGGAGCGCGGUGCCGGCCGGAGCCGGGAUGGCCGAGAAGAAAAAAGCCGGCAACGGCAAGAAGGGCAGGAAAGGCAAGGGGCCCGGCAAGAAGCCCGCUCCGCCGGAGGAGGGCGAGGCGCCCGGCUCCACCGCAGUGGUGCCCCUCAAAUUGAAGGAGAUGAAAAACCAAGAGGCUGCUGUGGGUCAGAAGCUAGUGCUAAGGUGUGAAACCACUUCAGAGUAUCCUGCGCUCAGAUUCAAAUGGUUAAAGAAUGGGAAGGAAAUAACCAAAAAAAACCGACCGGAAAAUAUCAAGAUCCCMAAAAAACAAAAGAAAUACUCUGAGCUUCACAUUUACAGAGCCACGUUGGCCGACGCUGGGGAAUAUGUGUGCAGAGUGAGCAGCAAGCUAGGAAAUGACAGCACUAAAGCCAGUGUUAUCAUCACAGACACCAAUGAGAGUACCAGCAACAUACCAGUAUCAACAGAAGUGACAAAAACUUCUUCACAACCCAUGCUUAGGAUACAAGCUUCAACAGAAGGAACAAACACUUCCUCCUCCACUUCCACAUCUACAACUGGGACAAGUCAUCUCACAAAAUGUGACAUAAAGCAGAAAGCCUUCUGUGUAAAUGGGGGAGAGUGUUACAUGGUUAAAGACCUCCCAAACCCCCCAAGAUACCUUUGCAGGUGCCCAAAUGAAUUUACUGGUGAUCGCUGCCAAAACUACGUAAUGGCCAGCUUCUACAAGCAUCUUGGGAUUGAAUUUAUGGAAGCUGAGGAACUGUACCAGAAACGGGUGCUGACCAUAACUGGCAUUUGCAUUGCUCUUCUAGUAGUUGGCAUCAUGUGUGUGGUGGCCUACUGCAAAACCAAGAAGCAGAGGAAAAAGUUGCACGACCGCCUUCGGCAGAGCCUGCGCUCGGAAAGGAACAACGUGAUGAACAUGGCCAACGGGCCACACCACCCCAAUCCACCACCAGAUAACGUCCAGCUGGUCAAUCAGUACGUUUCGAAAAAUGUAAUCUCCAGUGAGCAUGUCAUCGAGCGAGAAACAGAGACCUCGUUUUCUACAAGCCACUACACCUCAACAACACAUCACUCCGUGACAGUCACCCAGACACCCAGCCACAGCUGGAGUAAUGGCCACACUGAAAGCAUCCUCUCAGAAAGCCACUCGGUGCUCGUCAGCUCCUCCAUGGAGAACAGCAGGCACGCCAGCCCGGCGGGGCCCCGGGGCCGCCUCAAUGGCAUCGGCGGGCCACGGGAAGGCAACAGCUUCCUCCGGCAUGCGAGAGAGACCCCCGACUCCUACCGAGACUCUCCUCACAGUGAAAGGUAUGUCUCAGCUAUGACCACACCAGCUCGCAUGUCACCCGUCGAUUUUCACACUCCAACUUCUCCCAAGUCCCGCCCCUCCACAAUGUCACCACCGGCUUCCAGCUUGACCGUCUCCAUCCCUUCAGUGGCGGUGAGUCCCUUCAUAGAGGAGGAGCGACCGCUGCUCCUCGUGACUCCACUGCAGCUGCACGAGAAGUACGACCACCACCUUCAGCAGUUCAACUCCUUCCACCACAAUGCCGCCCACGAGAGCAACAGCCUGCCCCCAAGUCCUCUGCGGAUCGUGGAGGAUGAGGAGUACGAGACCACGCAGGAGUACGAACCAGCACAGGAGCCUCCAAAGAAACUCWCCAACAGCCGGAGGGUCAAAAGAACAAAGCCCAACGGCCACAUUUCCAGCAGGGUGGAAGUGGACUCUGACACAAGCUCCGAGAGCAGCAGCUCUGAGACCGAAACCGAAGAUGAAAGAAUAGGUGAGGAUACACCAUUCCUGAGCAUACCCAAUCCCGGGGCGACCAGUCUGGAGCCAGCCACCGCCUUCCGGCUGGCUGAAACCAGGACUAACCCGGCAAACCGCUUCUCCACACCAGAAGAGUUGCAAGCAAGGUUGUCCAGUGUGAUAGCUAACCAAGACCCUAUUGCUGUAUAAAACRUAAAACACAUAGAUUCACAUGUAAAACUUUAUUUUAUAUAAUGAAGUAUUCCACCUUUAAAUUAAACAAUUUAUUUUAUUUUAGCAAUUCCGCUGAUAGAAAACAGGAGAGGAAAAAACUUUUAUAAAUUAAAUAUACGUAUGUACAAAUGUGUUAUGUGCCAUAUGUAGCAAUUUUUUACAGUAUUUCAAAAAUGGGGAAAGAUAUCAAUGGUGCCUUUAUGUUAUGUUAAGUUGAGAGCAAGUUUUGUACAGUUACAAUGAUGGCUGUCCCAUAGUAUUUUGCAAAACCUUUUAGCCCUCAGUUGUCCUAGCUUUUUUGUGCACUGCAUUAUAAUGACUGGAUGUAUGAUUUGCAAGAAUUGCAGAAGUCCCUCUGGUCGCUUGCUGUAGAAUCCCCAGAUCAGAAAGCCCUGUAAUGGCACUCCCACCCUACUCCACCAGAAAAACACACAUAUACACACACACAGAGUCAGAAAGAUUAA